AUGACUCAGAAGGCUUCAAGGGUUGAGUUAAGUUUGUUGGCAUGUAGAAUCUUGACAGUGCAUAAGGAUGAAGAGCAAGUGCAAAGGGAGUUUGAUGACAUUUUUCUAGAGGAGAUUCCUACUGGUUUACUACCUAUUCAAGGAAUUGAACACCAAAUAGAUUUCAUCCCUGAAGCCACAAUUCCUAAUAGGCCUGUGUACACAAGUGUAUAUAUUGCAGUGGUGUUGAUGCAGGAAGAAAGACCUAUAGCAUACUUUAGUGAGAAGUUGAAUAAGGCGGCAUUGAAUUAUCCAACUUAUGACAAAGAGAUAGAUCAUGAAUUUUUGAAGCAUAUUAAGGGCCAAAAGAAGCUUAACCGAUGGCAUGGAAGGUGGAUUGAAUUCAUUGAGACUUUUCCUUGUGUUAUACGCUACAAGAAAGUUAAAGAAAAUGUGGUAGUCGAUGCUUUAUCCUGA